AGGGGCACCUAGCAGUCCUACCCUAUCUCUGGCUAGCAGUGGGCAGGACCAGGUCCGUGUCUUGUGAGCUCCUCAAGAAUGAGAACAGUAGGAUGGGAGUAGGAACCUGGCAAGUGUGUGUGUAUGUGCUCACAUGUGUGAAGUCCACACUCCCACCAGUCCUCAGGUGACUUGCGCCUGUUUACCCCUCUGGCCUCAACCCCCCAUAUGGCCCUUUCUCUUCUGACUGCUCUGUCAUGCAGAACCCUUCCCAUCUUUUUUAGCAUCUUUCCUUCCAUCCCAGGCCCAGUUAUUCAUCCCAAGGCAUCCUAGAUUCCUUAGAAGCCCUUGCCAAAAUUGUAAUGCAGUAGUGAAGUAGUCAUUCCGGGGAGUUUCUAGUCCCCCAUCACCAUCAGACUGGAAGGCCCCACGGGCGCAGGCCCCUUCUCUGUUUUCCUCAAUAUUCCCCCAGUAGCCAGCCCCGCACCUGUCACCUAGAAGAUGCUCAAUAAGUGAUGCAAAAUGGGAGAAUGAAUGUACUUUGUUUGGAGGUGUGUGCCUUUGGUAUCACAGGCAGGCUCUUCAUUCCUAAAGGCCCAGAGGAGUGGGCAGCAAUUGGGCUCUCCCUGAGCCUCAGGGCAUCCCUCCACUCCAUCUGCAGCCGAGUGUUCCCUCAAGGACUCCCAGAGGAAUUUGCCCUAGUGCUCACCCUCCUGCUGAAGAAGCAUACCUACCAGAACACAUGGUACUUGUUUCAAGUGACUGAUGGAAAUGGGUAUCCACAGAUUUCCCUGGAAGUCAACAGCCAAGAGCAGAGCCUGGAGCUCCGGGCACAGGACCAAGAUGGUGAAUUUGUGUCCUGCAUCUUCCCAGUGCCCCAGCUCUUUGACCUGCGUUGGCACAAGCUAAUGCUGAGUGUGGCUGGACGUGUGGCCUCUGUACACGUGGACUGCAUCUCAGCCUCCUCCCAGCCUCUGGGGCCCCGGAGACCUGUGCAGCCUGUGGGCCAUGUGUUUCUGGGAUUGGAUGCUGAGCAGGGGAAGCCUGUCUCAGUCCUCUGGGGGGUGGUGCUGGGGCAGAGAAUUUCAACAUCUGUAAGGAAUCUGGGCCCAUUGCCAAGGGCCAAUUCUCUUCCAGGUGAGCAGUGCCCCCCUUCACAGCAGGAAGGACUCAAGCUGGAACACAGCAUCAACCUAUCAGCCAAUGUAACUGGCUUCAACCUCAUUCGCCGACUCAGCCUCAUGAAGACAACUGCCAUUAAGAAGAUCCGAAACCCCAAGGGGGGGCCUCUCAUCCUGCGGCUGGGAGCAACCCUGCUCACCCAGCCCACGCGCCGAGUGUUCCCUCAAGGACUCCCAGAGGAAUUUGCCCUAGUGCUCACCCUCCUGCUGAAGAAGCAUACCUACCAGAACACAUGGUACUUGUUUCAAGUGACUGAUGGAAAUGGGUAUCCACAGAUUUCCCUGGAAGUCAACAGCCAAGAGCAGAGCCUGGAGCUCCGGGCACAGGACCAAGAUGGUGAAUUUGUGUCCUGCAUCUUCCCAGUGCCCCAGCUCUUUGACCUGCGUUGGCACAAGCUAAUGCUGAGUGUGGCUGGACGUGUGGCCUCUGUACACGUGGACUGCAUCUCAGCCUCCUCCCAGCCUCUGGGGCCCCGGAGACCUGUGCAGCCUGUGGGCCAUGUGUUUCUGGGAUUGGAUGCUGAGCAGGGGAAGCCUGUCUCA